UACUCCACAUAAUUUUACACACAAGACCACCAACUUUUUGCCUGCCAUGUGGACUUUUCUCUUUUCCCUCUCUCUCUAAACACUGUCGCUAUCUGAACUAAAAACCGAUGAGCUCAUCAUUGUCAAGGAAUCCGACGUCCGCCGAAGCACCACAAUCGACGGAUGCCGUGGCGGAAGGUUCGUCGAAGAAGGUGAGGAAACCUUAUACCAUCACCAAGUCCAGGGAGAGCUGGACAGAGGAAGAGCACGACAAGUUUCUUGAAGCGCUUCAACUGUUUGGUCGUGACUGGAAGAAGAUAGAAGAUUUCGUGGGUUCCAAGACUGUGAUUCAGAUAAGGAGCCAUGCUCAAAAAUACUUUCUAAAGGUUCAGAAAAACGGGACACUAGCACAUGUACCACCCCCUCGGCCAAAACGCAAAGCAGCUCAUCCCUAUCCUCAAAAGGCAUCUAAGAACGCUCAAAUGCAACUUCAAGUUUCAACUUCUUGGGAUGACGCAUCAAUGCUGCUAAACACAGUAAUUUCACCACAUCAGGAACAUGCUACCUUUCGUGGAGCACAAGCUGAUAUAGGACCAUUAAAUGUUAGUAGCCCUUCCACAUCCGGUAUGGGAAGCUCAAGCCGAACUAUAUCAGGUUCUGAGAUUGUAGCAAAACAGCCUAUGGUGGUGCUUCAAGGUGUUCCUGAUUUUGCUGAAGUUUAUAGCUUCAUCGGGAGUGUCUUCGAUCCUGAAACGAGACUGGAUCACGUUGAAAAGCUCAAGGAAAUGGAUCCUAUAAAUUUUGAAACUGUUCUGUUAUUAACGAGAAACCUCACAGUUAACUUAUCAAACCCUGAGUUCGAAUCCGCUUCCGACUAUAAUGAAGCUGCAGAGGAAAGCACUCUCAUUGUAUGUGGUGAACACCGAGCUCCCAAGCGUUACCACUGGCUCAUUUUUCCAGAACUCAACAAGCGAUCUUAACAAAGGUAUCAGCCAUUAGUUACCAAGUUUACUCGUCGGUUUUCCAUGUUUAAUAAACUUUUGAGUUAUACGUCGUCAUCGGAAUCACUAUCUUGUCAAUGAGUCAGGUCAGGUCAGGUGGGGGAUUGUCGAUAGAGUGUUUAAUACGGUUUGUUGUUUUGAGGAGAAGAUACAUGGGUGAAGUUUUUGAGCUUCCGGUUUUUGACGUGGACUAGUUCAGUGAAUGGUAUAGGCUUAAUAUAUAUAUAUACAAGGGUUUCCCAUUUUCUACUAGUUCUUGGUCUUCAAGCUGUGGUUGCUGGUUAGCGGUUGCAAGGCAUCCUCAGCAGCCGGUUAACUCGUGUACAAAAGAUCUCUUUCUAUUUUUGUUGUUGUUGUGUUUAUAUGUUCAUCUGUUUGGUAUAUCGCUAGUUUGAUUUUUGUUCUUCUAAUCAGAUUAUAUACUA